AUGAGUGACAAUAAGAACGAUAAAAAACAAAUACGCGUGUGGUGUGAUGGCUGUUAUGAUAUGGUACAUUUUGGUCAUGCCAACUCUUUGAGACAAGCAAAAGCCUUAGGCGAUGUGUUGAUUGUGGGAGUGCACACAGAUGAAGAAAUAUCCAAACAUAAAGGUCCACCUGUGUUCACACAGCAGGAGAGAUACAAAAUGGUUGGUGCAAUCAAAUGGGUCGACCAUGUGGUGGAGGGUGCACCUUAUGUGACUACAUUAGAAACAUUAGACAAAUACCAGUGUGAUUUCUGUGUGCAUGGAGAUGACAUAACAGUAACGGCCGAUGGGAUUGAUACAUACCAUUUAGUAAAAGAAGCCGGCAGAUACAGAGAGGUGAAGAGAACUGCUGGAGUGUCAACCACAGACUUAGUUGGAAGAAUGUUACUGCUUACAAGAGAACAUUUUAAGAGAGGUGACAAAGAGUAUUCAGUUGAACUGGAGCAUUCAUCAAAUCUUGGUACGGAUUCCACAGCGAGGUCACCAUACACCGGUUGUUCACAGUUCCUGCCUACCACACAGAAGAUUAUACAAUUUAGCAGUGGACUCUCACCAAAGCCCACAGAUAAGGUAGUAUAUGUGGCUGGUGCUUUCGACCUGUUCCAUGUCGGUCACCUGGACUUCCUGGAGGCGGCGCACGCGCAGGGUGACUUCCUCAUAGUAGGGCUCCACACAGACCUCGAGGUCAACAGAUAUAAAGGCUCCAACUACCCCAUUAUGAACCUUCACGAGAGAGUCCUAUCUGUGUUGGCUUGUAAGUAUGUGCACGAGGUGGUGAUUGGAGCUCCUUACAGCGUGACAGCUGAUCUGAUGGACCAUUUUGGUGUGAAGGUGGUGUGUCACGGACUGACCCCCAUCGCUAGCGACAAGGACGGAGCUGAUCCAUACCAGGUGCCCAAGGAACGGGGCUGCUUUAAGACAAUAAACUCGGGUAACACAAUGACAACAGAAGAUAUAGUCCAGAGAAUAAUCCGUCACCGAUUAGAAUUUGAAGAGAGGAAUUCUAAGAAGGAACAGAAAGAAGUUGCCGUUAUGAAAACUAUACAGAAGAAACAUUUGAAACAGAAUGGUAACUGUGAAAAUGUAAAAGGUUAUGGAGAUCUAAUUAAAUAA